AGGGCGUGGCGUAUAACCAGAGCGCUGGAGCCUUUUCCUCGCCAUUGUAUUCGUAGCGAGCGGCGUUCGCGUCUCCUCCUGUACGUUGGUUCUAAAGCUCCGAUUGUCUCCUUCGCCUGAUCGAGCGGUGAAACCAUGGCAGCGUAUAAAAGAGGUACCGUGGAGGACUUCCCUGGCUUUGAUGCUAGAGCAGAUGCUGAGGUCCUUCGUAAGUCAAUGAAAGGCUUGGGAACUGAUGAAGAGCCAAUCUUGAAGAUCUUAACUAGCAGAAGCAAUGCUCAACGGCAGGAGAUUGCGUUGGCUUUUAAAACCUUAUUUGGCAGGGAUCUCGUCAGUGACCUAAAAUCGGAACUUACAGGCAAACUUGAGACUCUGGUGGUGUCUCUGAUGAGACCUGCACGGCUUUUUGAUGCCCACGCAUUGAAGCAUGCCAUUAAGGGGGCAGGAACUGAUGAAAAAGUCCUGAAUGAAAUUCUCGCAUCUAGAACACCUGCUGAAAUCCGCAAUAUAAAGAAAGUUUAUCAGGAAGAAUAUGAAGCCAACUUAGAAGACCAUAUAACAUCAGACACCUCUGGUUUUUAUCAGAGGAUGUUGGUAGUUCUUCUUCAGGCUAAUAGAGAUCCUGAUGGCCCGAUUAACGAAAGCCUAGUUGAGGCAGAUGCUCAGCAACUGUUUAGAGCUGGUGAGCUGAAGUGGGGAACUGAUGAAGAAAAGUUCAUCACCAUCCUGGGAGUUCGAAGUAUAGCUCACUUAAGGAGGGUCUUGGACAAAUACAUGACGAUCUCUGGCUUUCAGAUUGAAGAAACUAUUGAUCGUGAAACGUCUGGUCCGCUUGAGAAGCUCCUUCUUGCAACUGCGAAGUGUGUUCGAAGUGUUCCCGCAUUCUUUGCUGAAUCACUCUUUAAAGCGAUGAAAGGAGCAGGCACUGAUGAUGAUACAUUGAUCAGAAUCCUGGUUUCAAGGAGCGAAAUUGACCUGCUGGACAUCAGGAAGGCAUUCAGAAGAGAUUUUGCAAAAUCUUUGUACCAUGCAAUUCAGAAAGAUACAUCUGGUGACUACAGGAAAGGCCUUUUGCUCCUCUGUGGGGGUGAAGAUGACUAACGUCUACAGUGACAUGGAGGACCGAACCUUAACUCCUGCUUUGUGCCUCUCUUCUUCCGUAUGGCUAAGCUGUCGCUUGACAUUUAGAGCUGCAGCUGCCUUUGCAUCCUUAUAUCCGUCAAAAGCGACACGCAUAUCAGCAGUAAAAUGAUAUAGUAACAUUUCCUAUUGAGUUCUGUAUCAGACCCUCUUCAUAGGAUUGCCACUUCUUACCAGGAACUGCCUAUUUUCUUUCAUUAGUAUAGUUUUAUACAAGUCUAGUUUUACAGCAUUUUAACAUAUCAGCUGCUCUUAAAAUUCAAGCUGGCCAGUUGGAAGUUGUUGGGUUGGAUCCAUACCAAAUCAGCUGCACUUAAGCCCCAUUGAAAUCAGUGGGAAAAAUUGGGGCCAAAACAGACAUUAAUUUAAAGACUCAUAAUGCCUACAAUGUUACAAAUGAGUAACGUUCAUUUUUCCUUCGAAUCAGAGGGCCUGAUCCAGCUUUAACCUUUUCCCUCCACUAUGGGCCUGAUCUGGAUUGGGUUCCCCAUUGCUGCAGUUUCUUUUUCAAAGUAGUGAUCCAUAAAGUGCUAUUUCACAAUAAAAAUUGCAGGUGCGCCCCUCCAACCCUGGUUGGGCCCAUUGUGGGGGUGUGGGGGCAGCAGGAAAUGUUAAAACCUUUCUAUCCCUGAUGCUAGGGCCCCAGUCCAGAUUGGGCUCUUUGUACCUACUCUAGAGUAAAAUUUUAAAAAGACAAUCGCUAGCUAUUUCUUUAAUGUCUGUUUUGUCUCUUAGUCAUUAAUGUAAUGUAAACCUGGUCUGAAUCCAGCCCCUUAUGUAUACAUUCCUAGCUCAAUAAUUUUACAAAAAAGUGCCUCUUACAUAAAUGUACCUCUCCUUUGUUUAUAAAGGAAGUUGGAAGUCUUGUUCCUUUUUUGAAGAAUAGAUGUAAAAUGCAUUCCAAGAACUAAACUCAAUUUUUCUUAACUUGAAUUUUGCACUUCAUUUGUACUAAUUUGAAGAAAGCUUCUGCUAAUGGCUUUAAAAUUGUGAACUAUGCAUGAACUCUCUCCAUGUAUUGUAGAAUUUGGUGCUAAUAAAAAAGAUACACCUAUUAAA